AGUUCAAAGUGAGAGAUGAAUGUUAAAAGAGCCUUAGAAAAGCUGAAUGUGCAAGGAGGAGGAGGUGGAGGACCAAACGGUUACAUUAUGAGGGAGCAGCAGCAGCGCCAUAUCGCGGUUGAUGGUGAGAAGGAAUUGAACAUAUGCAGGAGUGGAAGUGCUCCUCCUACGGUGGAGGGUUCACUAAAUGCGGUGAAUGGUCUGUUUGGAAAUCACAACUUUGAUAAUGACAGUAGGAUUACGCCGUUGACAGAGGAGGAAAUCCGAUCACAUCCUGCUUACUUGUCCUACUACUAUUCCCUUGAGAAUCUGAAUCCGAGAUUACCUCCUCCUUUACUUUCUAAAGAGGACUGGAGAGUGGCGCAGAGGUUCCAGGCGGCUGGUGGAGGGAUAAACCAUGAUUGGAGGAAAAUUGGAGAUCAAGAUGCAGGGGUAAGUCAUUUGUCAUUGUUUUCAAUGCAACCAAGCUUCUUGCCUUCGCCAUCAUCUUCCUCGUCAUCAUCCUCACAUAAGGUGGACGAUCAGGACCAUGAUCAGAUGAUGAUGAAGUCGAAAAUGGAGAAUGCAGCAACUAUGCCAAGGAUUCAACAACAACAACAGUCUUAUAAUACUAAAUGGCAGCAGCAGCAUCAUCAAGGAAGUUCUACUGAUUUAACUGGAAUUGGUUUGAGGAGAAAGAGCUUUGCUGACAUCCUACAGGAAGGACUGGAUCAACCUGCACCGUUGUUAUCGAAUCAUCUAAAGAAUUCGAACAAUCAUACUACAUUUAGUCAAAAUAUCCAUGAUAACCACUUUUUAAGGGAGCCGCCACCACCACCACAACCACAUAAUGGCAUAAAAGACUCAGAAAUGCCUAGAGUUCAAAGUCUCGGUUCGUUCAGUUCUCUCUCGGCUGUUUCCUCUGUGGCAGCAACUUUAUCAAGGAGCAGGACUCCAGAUUCUCAUAUGAUUGGGGGUGGGAGGUUUGAAAAGAAAAGAUCUUGCCAACUUCUUACUGAUCAGAAGAACGGUGUUGGAUCAAAGUUCCUGAUGGACAACAAAUUUGCUAAUAACAUAACAAAUUCCAUGUCUGGUUUGAACCUAUCUCAGGACAAUAAUGUUUUGCAGUCGACUCAGACUCAAUCAACCAAAACUACUCAAUAUGCUGAUUUAGAAAGGACAAGCGUACUUAAGUCUAAACCGAGUCCAUCUAUGUUACUAUGCACUAAUGGGCCAAUGAUGAACAUUCAAGAAGGAUCCAACAUCGAUUUCCAUAUUCCUGGAAGAGCUGGUGUUAAUAAGAUGUCAUCUGCUGCUGCUGCUUCCACAGGCUCGUACCUGAGUAGUCCGGUAAUGUCAGACCUUCAUUCAUCGCAUCUAGAUCCGCGAUACAUACAGUAUUUGCAGAGCCUUCCUGAUUAUGCAUUGAAUAUUCCAGCUUUAUCAAGAGAUUUACUUCAAAUUGAGAAAGCAUAUCUCGAUGCAAUGCUCACUCAACAGAAAAAUCAGUAUGAAUCAGCACUUUUAGCCAAAUCCGGAGUUUUGGAUCAUGAAUAUUAUGCAGCCUUGCUUAGUCGUGGUUUUCCAUAUCAAGGGAACCUCAUGGCGGAGUCUUCGAAUGCAUCUGGAGCUCCUAAAUUUCAGAAUGAGAGAAUCCAGGGUCUUAAUUCCACCAUGAUGAUGGGAGGAGGAGGAGGUUCGAGUAGAUCAUGGCCGUCGGGUGUUGUUGGAAAUGGGAUUGAGAGUACUUUUCCUUCAUCUUUGCUAGAGGAGAUUAAAGCUAACAAGGGAAAAUCUAUAGAACUUUCUGAAGUAGUAGGGAGUGUAGUCGAAUUCAGUAUGGAUCAGUAUGGUAGUCGUUUUAUUCAGCAGAAGCUAGAAUCUGCUAGUGUAGAAGAAAAGAGACAGAUAUUUCCGGAGAUUAUGUCUCAUGCUCGUUCUUUGAUGACAGAUGUGUUCGGAAACUAUGUCAUUCAAAAGUUUUUUGAGUAUGGAACAGAGAGUCAAAGAAAGGAGUUAGCAAGUGAACUUUCUGGGCAUGUUUUGGCUCUGAGCCUUCAGAUGUACAGUUGCAGAGUAAUUCAAAAGGCAUUGGAAGUGGUUGAUGUGGAACAACAAACCAAAAUGGUAGCCGAGCUUGAUGGUUCGGUCAUGAAAUGUGUUUGUGAUCAGAACGGUAAUCACGUGAUCCAGAAAUGCAUAGAAUGUGUUCCGCAGGAUCGUAUUCAAUUUAUUGUAUCUGCCUUUGUUGGAGAAGUUAUGUCACUUUCAACACAUCCUUAUGGUUGUCGCGUCAUUCAGAGAGUUUUGGAGCAUUGCGAUGACGAAAAGACUCAACGAACUUUAAUGAAGGAAAUUAUGCAUCAUGUUUGCACUCUAGCACAAGAUCAAUAUGGAAAUUAUGUUAUUCAGCAUGUUCUGCAACAUGGUAAGCCACAUGAGAGAAGUGCCAUCAUAAACAAGUUGGCGGGACAAAUAGUUCAGAUGAGUCAGCAGAAGUUUGCGUCGAAUGUAGUUGAAAAGUGCUUAGUUUUUGGUGGUGUGAAAGAACGACAAGUUCUGGUGAAUGAGAUGCUUGGUUAUACCGAUGAAAAUGUGCCUUUACAGGCGAUGGUGAAAGAUCCUUAUGGAAACUAUGUUGUGCAAAAGGUUCUUGAGACAUGCGAUGAGAAGAGUCGUGAACUGAUCAUAUCUCGCAUAAAGGUGCAUUUGAAUACCCUUAAAAGGUAUACUUAUGGUAAACAUAUUGUGACUCGUGUGGAGAAGCUCAUCACAACAGGAGGUUAG